AUGAAUACCAAUCAAACAACUGAUAUUGAUACUUUAAUAACUGAAGAGUUCUUAUUACAAACUGACAACUUAACAACAACUGUUAAAACUAAUGUACAAUAUUCACGUACGGGUGAACUUAUUAUUAGUAUCAUCACGUAUUCCAUCAUUAUCAUAUUAAGUAUUAUUGGUAAUGUCAUUGUUGUUACAGCCAUAUGUCGUGUUCAACGAUUGCGGCAUCCAACCAAUUUUAUACUUAUGUCACUAGCUAUUGCUGAUUUACUUGUCACCACAACAGUUAUGAUACCAGGAUUCAUAUAUGAAAUAAAACACGAAUGGAUAUUUGGAAGAGUUUUUUGUAAUGUUUGGGUAGCUAAUGAUAUCACAUUUUGUACAGCAUCGAUAUUACAUCUUGUUGCAGUCAGUUUUGAUCGAUAUGUUGCUAUUGAGAAUCCACUUAAAUAUAAACAGAAAAUGACGAAACAUAUGAUUUUUAUUAUCAUCGGCUUUAUUUGGUUAAUUAGUGUUCUUCUUUCUUACGGACCUGUUCUAUUAGGUGUUUAUAGUCAAUCAAAAACCAUUGGUAAUCUAUCGGAUUCAAAGGAAUGCGGUAUGAGACCCAAUCGUAUCUAUUCGAUCAUAUCAUCGUCAACAUCAUUUUAUAUUCCGCUUAUAAUUAUACUGUUUCUCUACGGUCGAAUAUUUAUAACAGCACGAAAACAUUCUAAAGAAUUACAAAAACUCGAAAAUAUUGUUAAACGUUUGCAUAGUAAUGAAAAAUUUGUAUUUGAAAAUGCGAAAUGGAAUAAAAAUAUCAAAGCUAUAAGAACAUUGGGUAUUGUUGUUGGUGUAUUCGUUGUGUGUUGGUUACCAUUUUUUGUUAUGUACCUUCUGCUAGCCUAUUGUGAUUAUCAAUGUGUUAAUUCAUCUGUAGAACGAUAUAUUACUUGGAUCGGAUAUGCGAAUUCGUUUUGUAAUCCAGUAAUUUACGCUUUUUCAAAUAAAGAGUUUCGAAAUGCAUUCUUUGAAAUUCUUCAUUAUAAUAAUUGUCAAUGUACUCAAUUGUUAUCGACAUACAAAAUGCGUGCAUCACUAAGUAAAUCGAACUAUUCAAUAAAUACGAAAUAUACACCACAAGCAGAAUCACGACAUGCAAGUUAUACACCAUAUUUUAAUCAAAUGCAACGUAAUGGUUAUCUUACUUACGAAACUUCUGUACUUAAAAUGCUUAAUAAACCGAAGAAAAGUGAAAGUACUGAUACAUUUGAAAUGAAAACAUUAGAAGGACAACGUCCAACACUCGAAGCAUUUAAUGAACUUGAACAUUUUGUACAGAAUACGAUUCCUGAUCGAGCGAUUAUUGCUGAAAUGAGUUCUUUACUUUACGAUCAAGAUGAUGUAAGCAUUGAAAUACCAGUUAUAAGAAAGACAACAGCAACAUCGCAUUCAAAUAAUUCUUGA